CUAAAAUCUUGAAUGGAAUUCACAGCUGGCUUUGACGUUUAAUAAUGUCGUAAGCGUGGAAGGGGCAACGCAAAGUUGAAUUUCACUCGGGAUUAUUAUUUAGUUCUAGUUAAAGAAAAAAAAAAAUCUUUGAUUACUUUCUGUUUCGAGUCAUUUAUCAGACGUUGCUUUUCCAUGCAGAAGUGCAUUGUUCAUUCGCUGACAAUCAAUGUCACACGUGCAGUAUGUUGCACAUAUUGUGUCAAAGAUUUCGACCCUGAUGGAUAUACAACAACAAUAAUCGCUAGAGUAAUUUAUUAUUAAUAAUAAUAAUAAUUACAAAUAGUUCUUUUUUCUUCUAUUUCAAUGUUUUAUCGCACAAAGUGUUUGUCCCUUAGUUGUAUAGAUGCCAAUUGGAGAGCUGUGAUUUACUAAUAUAUAAAAUUGUUUAGAAAAAAAAAUCGCUGAAGUAUGGCAUACUCUAUAAAUAAACAACCCUUAUUGAGGGGAAUUAGCGAUAGUGAAUUUGAAGACGACAUAGAGACUGAAAUUGAAGAUCCGAAUAUUUCUACACAAGAUGAAGAACCAUUUAUUAGGCCACAUGAACCAGUGGAUAAAUUUCAAUUUACUUAUGUAGUGUUUUAUUUACUUGGAAUGACAACUUUAAUUCCAUGGUGCUUUUUCAUGACAGCUGACGAGUAUUGGAUGUACAAAUUUAGAGAGAUUCGUAACGACAGUAAUCACAAUUAUUCUAUCGAGGACCAAUUAGGAAAGAAAAGUGAAUUACAAGCGAGCUUUAUAUCUUAUCUUUCUGUAACCAGUUCUAUUCCAAAUACACUUUUCUUGAUAAUUAAUGCAUUCAUAAGUAAUAAAAUAUCUCUCGAAUUGCGAAUGAUAGGAACACAAGGUCUUGUUUUAUUAAUUUUCCUCGUCACAACAGGAUUUGUCAAAGCCGACACCGAUCAAUGGCAAAGUACAUUUCUAAUUAUAACUCUAUCCUCAGUGGCAUUGAUGAACAUGGCAAGUGCAAUAUUUGGAGGAAGUCUUUUGGGAAUUGUCGGAAGAUUUCCGGCUAGAUACAUAACAGCAAUGUCUGGUGGUCAAGCACUUGCGGGAAUAUUUGCAGCGUUGACGGAAAUUUGUUCACUUUGGUUGGGUGCUAGUCCGGUUGUAUCAGCAUUAUUGUAUUUUGUUAUCGGUGAUGCGAUGCUCUUCUUCUCUCUGAUUGCCUACAUCUUCUUACAGAAAGCAGAUUUCUUCAAACAUCAUACAGUAGCUAAAACUAGACAUUUGGCUGUCGAGGAUGAAUUCACAGUAAAUGGAGACGUGUCCUUUGCACACGGACAUAGGAUUUCCUAUCUACGUAUUCUUAGGAGAAUUUGGAAAUAUGGAGUUAGCAUAUUUCUGUUAUUUUUUAUUACAAUGAGCGUGUGUCCUGCUCUCACGGUCCUAAUUGAAAGUCAAUAUCGUGGACACGGGCACGCCUGGAAUGACACCUACUUCGUUCCAGUUGUUACUUAUUUAUUGUUCAGUUGUGGCGAUUAUGCAGGUAGAUUAUUGUCCGGAGUUAUUUUACGACCUAAAGGAAAACCGUGGCUUGUUAUAUUUUUGUGUGUCGUGAGGGCGGCAUUUAUACCAGCAUUUUUGUAUUGCAAUGUACAGCCGAGACAUAAUUUGCCCGUUUACAUUGAAAGUGAUCUCAUUUACAUUUUAAUGACGAUUGUCUUUGCUCUCAGCAAUGGUUACUUGUGCAACAUUAUCUUCAUUUUAGUUCCCACGGUGGUCGAACCUCAAGAAAGAGAAAUCGCAUCCGCGAUGACUGGAGGUUUCCUAGGUUUAGGAAUAACGAUUGGCUCGGCCAUGAGUCUUGCUCUAGUGAGAGCAAUUUAAAAUUUUAUUUACCUGAUCGAAAUUAGCAUUCACUGCCUUUUGCAUUUGCUGUUUCAGAAAAAAAAAAUUACCAAACAAAUCCAGUUGCCUUAUUCUAAUAUCUUUGUAUUUACAAUUAAUAUUUUGUAAGCUUUUUCUAAUUGAUUUUAUACGAACUGAAAUUUGUAUACUCUUAGUAUGAAACUAUUUAUUUUUACAAGUCGACUUUUCACAAAUCGACAAGUAUUUUCAAAUUCUUUUAAAUUUUAGAAAAACUAUUUUUUAAUGUCAUUAACUUUAGUCUCGACUUUUGUUAUAUAUCUUAAGAAAAUUCUUCAAAUCCACAAGAAGAGAAUUUUAGGGGUCACGCCACUUUGAAUGCCUGAACAUUGGACGUUUUAAAAAAAAAUAUUUUGACAAAACUGUUAAAGCGGAAAACUUAUUAUUUAUUCUCUUAAAGUACUUGUAGUUAGCUUUAGAAAAAAUAUAACGAAAUUGAAAAGUAUUUAAAAACUGACCUGAAAAUGUAGUCUGCAGUUUAGGAUUAGAAACUGACGGGAAUACAGCAUCGGAUUCUAAUGAUCAUAACUUCUAUAUUGAGAUAUUUUCAAAAAGGACAAUUAGGAUUAAUUUUUAGCAAAGUUCAGAGUGGCGUAACCUAAUUUUAUUAACAAAAAUUUUUUUUUGGAAAAACAAAGAGAAAAUAGAGUUUUAAUUAGGUUAGUACUUGAAUGCGCACAUUCCACUAUUCAUUCAUUAAGAAUUUAAAUGUGAAAACUGCGAUAAUUUUCAAAACCGGAAAUCAAAGUAUCGAGUCUUAUAGAACUUAAAAAAAAUUCUCAUACUACUUUAAGUUUAGAAUGACAAACCUAUGAGCGUUGGUAAAGAAAAUUUGUGAGUAAUUUUCGACUUACUGUAUUGUAUGCCUGAAAUAGUAGAUUUUCGUUUUAAAACUAAA